CUCCCUCUCUCCCUCCCCCCUCCCUCCCUCCCGCCCUCCCUCGCCGCGGCCGGAGGAGCGCGCAGGCGGCGGCUGGCAGCCCGGGCCGGGCGGCACGGCGGGCUCGGGGGCGCGCAGCCCCGCGGAGCGCUGCGGAGCGGGUCCGGUCCCGUCCCGUCCCCCCCCCACGCCCCCCCCUCGCGGGGGCAGCCGGCGCGGCGGUUUUGGAGGCUUGCUUGCCAGUCGCCACGUGCUGAUGCCAUGGCGCUGAGGCUCCCAGGAACGGGAUCACUCUCUCUUGUUAGCCUUGGAGUCCUAGUCCUGGUUGUGGCUCUCCCUGCUGAUGCCGGGCUUUCUCAGAAGCAUGUUUCAGAUGUCGUGGAUGACAGCAAAGAUAACAUCACCAUUUUCACCCGCAUCCUGGACAGGCUGUUGGAUGGAUACGACAACCGCCUGAGACCGGGACUUGGAGACAGCGUAACUGAAGUCAAGACAGACAUUUACGUGACGAGUUUCGGCCCUGUCUCGGACACAGAUAUGGAAUACACGAUUGAUGUCUUUUUCCGGCAAUCCUGGAGAGAUGAAAGGCUGAAGUUUGAUGGUCCCAUGAAAAUACUUCCUCUGAACAACCUGCUGGCCAGUAAGAUCUGGACUCCUGAUACCUUCUUCCACAAUGGGAAGAAAUCUGUCGCCCAUAACAUGACAACGCCCAACAAGCUGCUGCGCCUGGUGGACAACGGCACCCUCCUGUACACCAUGAGGCUAACGAUUCAUGCAGAGUGCCCCAUGCACCUGGAGGACUUCCCAAUGGAUGUGCACGCCUGCCCACUGAAAUUUGGGAGCUAUGCCUACACAAAGACAGAGGUGAUCUACACCUGGACACUGGGGAAGGAUAAAUCAGUGGAAGUAGCGAAGGGUGGAUCUCGCCUGAACCAGUAUGACCUUCUGGGCCAUGUUGUUGGGACCGAGAUGGUUCGAUCCAGCACAGGGGAGUAUGUCGUCAUGACCACACACUUCCACCUCAAGAGGAAGAUCGGGUACUUUGUGAUCCAGACCUACCUACCCUGCAUUAUGACGGUCAUCCUGUCCCAGGUCUCCUUCUGGCUUAACAGGGAGUCUGUUCCUGCCCGAACGGUUUUUGGUGUCACCACCGUCCUCACCAUGACAACACUAAGCAUCAGCGCAAGAAACUCGUUACCUAAAGUGGCGUACGCGACGGCCAUGGACUGGUUCAUAGCCGUCUGUUACGCCUUUGUGUUUUCUGCGCUGAUCGAAUUUGCCACCGUCAACUACUUUACCAAGCGCAGCUGGGCUUGGGAUGGCAAGAAGGUGCUGGAGGCCCAAGAGAUGAAGAAAAAAGAGCCAGUGGCACUCGCGAAGAAAACCAACAACACCUACAACAUUGUUGGCACCACAUAUGCCCUCAACAUCGCCAAGGACCCCGGCCUGCCCACCAUCUCCAAGAGCGCUGCUGCCACUGCUACUGCCACCAACGUAGCCCCCAAGAUCCCUCGCAUAGAGGAAAAGCUCCCAGAGAGUAAGAAGACAUACAACAGCGUCAGCAAGGUAGACAAGAUGUCCCGCAUCGUCUUUCCAGUCCUCUUUGCUAUUUUCAAUUUAGUCUACUGGGCCACAUACGUAAACCGGGAGUCAGCUAUCAAGGGAAUGAUCCCCAAACAAUAAAACCGGUCACACAAACCUUCCAUCAGUGAGCACCAUCCAGGCAGGAAUUCCCCAGGGCUUUCUUCUUUCCUGUUUUGUUUAAUUAUUAUUGUUCAUUUGAUAUUAUUAUUACUACUAGAUCAUUCUUUUAUAAUGUAAACAAAACUGUGAUUUUAAUUUAAUCCUGUAUACUUCGGUUUUAUUUUACUUUGUCUCCGAUGAUGAAAGGGAUAAAAAAAAAAAAAGUUCAUAACAAGUUGUGCCUCUAACAUUGUGAGUCUGAUAUCCCCCAUCUGUCCAAGUCACCCUGUGCUUCCAUCUCGCCUCCUUCACCUCCUGCCGUUCCCACGGUCUGCAUACCACUGCCAUUCCACGCUCCACUCUGCUGGGGGCUGCUGCUGUGGUCCACCCUGCUCCUCCUCUUCUGCAAUGGACUGCCCUAGCAUGGUGGAUGCUUCUGGUGGCCUGGGCUCAAGGAUGUGGAGGCCUCCAGAGUCAAUCAGUCAACCAGGCUGCUCUGCAGUGCCUGGUGCUUUGUGCUAGCUGGUACUCCCUGGGCUGUGGUUGCAGAAGUGAGCUGGGCCAUUGAGGGAGCAGUGCGGCGUGGGCCAGCUUGUAGCCCAGUGCCUGUUCGGGGUGAGCCCACCACUGCUGUGGUCGGUGGAGCCAUGCAGAGGUGGAACAUCUUGUAGGUAUCUACAGGGCUUCUUCCUCUCUGUCUUCACCAAACCCAGCUGCUGGUUUCUUCUGCGUCUCUCCCCAGACAAGAACAGGUGAGAAAGGUCUUGUCUGUCUGCCAUCCUGCACUCUUGGGGCAACUCAUGUUAGAGGGUGGGGUGGUUCCUACCAGAGAAAUAAUUUUUCUCUGGGUCAGUCAGGAAGUCAAGAGAGGAGCUUUAUAAUUCCUUAGAGGAAAGAGCAGCUGUGAGGCCUCAUGCAUUCAGCAUCAGGACCGAAAGCCAUAGAGUUCAUGUUCAGAUGGAGUGGCUUAUCACUUUCUCUUGGCCCAUCCACAUACCCUCCUUGGCAUCUCCUCUCUGUGCCAGCAUCUUCUUCCAGGUCCCCAUUCAUCUUCCUUUGGCUACCCAGCAGCCCUCAGUAGUAUCUUACUGUUCACGGGUGGAUUUAGGAAGAGAAGCCCCUACAUUUUGGAUAAGCCACACUGACUGGGAGGAGCACAGCCGAGGGAAGUCCAGCUCAUGGUGCAUCCCUACUCCAGUGCACCAGAGCAGCAGUGAUGCUGGUUCAGGCCAACUCAGGUGCAGGCUGUUUCCUGUGGGACACACCAGGGGCCACUCUGCCACCUGUGAGUCAGAGGACAGUCAAUACCCAAGAACCUGCCUUCCCCUGGUGAACAGAUGCAGCUGAGCAUCCUCAUCACCAUGGCAGAACAGAAGGGGCUCUUUGAAACAGCAGGGUGAUUCUGCUGUCCCAGAGAGCCAUGUGAGCCAGGUGCCAUCCCACAAAGCCAUUGAGAUAAGACCAAACUCUAACACCUGCACACUCUUCUAAGGAAAGCCUGCUGGUGCCUUGGAAAGAAGUUUUUUUCCUCCCUUCUCGGCCACCACAGUCAAGGACCCAAACCAGUGGUUGUCCCCUUCCCAGCAGCAGCACAACAUGGUGGCAUCCAAGCCAUCUGUCCCCCCUCCCUGGUGCCUGGACCCAUGGACACACUGUUCUGCUACAAGAAAGGAUGUCCUGUGCCUGGUGAGUUCUUGUCCACAGCACUGAUCCUGCCAGCAGCCCUGCUCCCAGGGUGGGAUGCACCUUCUCUUUCCUGGGCCUCCCUCUGACCCUCCAGCUGCACCCCCUGAGCUGCUUCUGGCAUGUUUUGGGUGCAUGCAGCCAGGCCAAGCCCCAGCAUUCCCAAGGUGAUGUCUUCAGCAUUGCUUUGAGCCACUGUGCCAAGCUCAGUUUUCCCCUGUCCAUGCAGGAAUGGGGCUAAGCACAAGGCACAGGAUUCGCCCCACCUGGAAUAUCCAUGGGGGAUGGCAGGACAGAGGUGGGAAGGCAAGGGCACUUUGUCCUUCAGCAUGGGUGGCAUUGGUGCAUGUCCUGCCCAUCCCUUACCAAUCUUGCUGGCUCAACAGCAGUGCAGUCGCUCCCCCUGCCUACAGCUGUGGCGAGCAGAGGAGCGAGGAGACAUUUAGCUCAGCCCCCAGUGCAUUCAGUCCACGACCGCAUCAACACCAGCAGGCAGCAUCUGGCAGGAGAUGGCAAAUCCCCUCAAGCCGAUGCUAAGGACACCAGCUCUUUCCCCAUCCCACCCCACAGCAUCCACACCCCAAACCGCCCAUGACGUUUCUACAGUGCUUGUCAUCCCUGAGGGCUUCCCGCUGGGUGGCGAGGAAGGGAAAGCUGGGAGCUCUCCCCCUUUGCACCCAGCGUUGGGUUGGAGGAGCAGAGGGAGGGCACACCGUUCCCAGCCCUUCUGCCGGGCAGGGCGGACAUCCCGUCUGCGUUUGCACCUACGGGCCUGGUUUUUCCUGGCACUGGCCUCCUGGUGCUGCUGCAGCCACUCUGCUCUGACAGCCCGGCUGCCCCAGCACUGCCCUGCUGCAGCCCCAUACCCUUUGCCACCCAGGUCCCCUGUGCUCCCUCCACACCAGCACCAUCUCUUCCAGCAGUGAGUGCCAUUGCUGCUGUCCUGUUCCUUGGGCUUUCUGGCGGGAAGUGCCAUGCUAACUGGCCAGGAGGCUAUUUGUUUUGGAAACUACUUGGAUGUCAUUUUCUUAAAUAAGCUAGAUGAAGUGUAUCUUAUAAAAUAUUCAUGUCACUAUAAUACUCAGGCCUAAGUGAAUGGAAUAGAAACCCUAUAAAAAGCAAAACAAACACAAUAAAAUUGUAACAAAGAGUAUAUUGUGUUUACUAACAGAAUUACAUCAAAGGCAAGUUUAAAUAUGGGAUCCAGUGACUUAGCUGACUUGAGCUGGCCCCAGAACAGAGGUGGUUUCCACUGCUAGCCUGGGCAUUCCCCAAAAUCCCCUCUACCCCAAGGGCCACCUCCUACCACACAUCGCCUUGCUACACGUUCCCGUGUCUGUUGGUCCCUGCUUCGUAGAGCUCUCCAUAAAUUGUCAGCUCUUACCAUCAGCUUCUCAGCAGCCCAAGCACCUGCAGGCACUGCCUUUGCUGCCCACCCAGGGCCACCCAGGCUCAGUGUGGGGGGGUGAUGCUCAGAGUGCCGGGGCCGGACCUCUCUGUGGUGCUGGGCACAGCAUCGGGGCAGCACCUGCGCUGCCUCCUUUCCUGCAGGUGAUCUGAUCUGUCUCAACUAUCUGUCAGUGUGAAUCUCCUGCCUGUCUCUUUCCCAAGCCCUUCCCUCCCUGUGACACCAAGACUCUUGUCCCUCCCCAGGACACAGCCCACCCAUCUGGCUUGCCGGUGACACCCGUCUGCUGGCUCAUCUUUGCUCCUCCUGAGUCAAAAAACUUUGCCCAAUAAAAGCCUGCCUUCCUGAAUCUGUGUGAGCACGCCUUGAAAGCCAAGUCUAUUCCCACCAAAGCCUGGCACUGGCUCUGAGUCUUUUUGCCAGCUGGAAGCAGAAAUACCGGCAUCCUUUGGUUAAAGACAACAAACCAAACAGGAUUUGUAGUUUGGCUUCCAAGCAGGGAAGCAUUUCGGGAAGAUAGUUAUAAAUAAGUGGUUUAACAUCUCCUGCCAGCAGACAUCACAGAAAAGAUAAUGUUCUUUUUUUUUAAAAAAUCUGCCAGCAGCUCAAAUUGGGACAUUUCCUUCCCAGCUAACACAAGGCUGCUGACGGGGGCUUCUUCUAAGGGCUCACUGAGCCAGAGCUAACCUAGCAUCAGGUACUGGGGUUUUCUGCUUGCUGUGAUAGUAUCUAAGGGCUCCAUUUUUAUAAUUGGUCCUAUAUAGGAAUAGAUCUGUACAUGGCCAUAGAUAGUCUAAUCCACACUUGUGCACAGAGUGGGCACUUCAUUUCACUGUGAACCUCAAUACUCCAAUAUUUCUUUUGUUCUCGCAAGGCCCAAAACUUCCCUGACUUGAUGAGAGUCUCCCAGGCAGAAAUAAUAAGUCUUUGAAGAUGAUAAAAAUUAUCUGUUCAGUCUGCACUCCUGUUUUGUAUCUUGCACCACCUGGGACACAUACAGUGCAGUCCAAGCCUGCAGUUGUAUUCCUCCUGAAAAUGUCAGAAGGACAUUUUGGUGCUGGCGGCUUGCUUCUCCCCUCCUCUGAAACCGCACAUGGGCAAAAGCAGUGCGGCUUUCAGGAGCUUUGCGCCCCAGGGAGGCAGGGGACAGUUUGGCUGAGGUGCUCCAUUCGUGCAGGGGAGGUAGCAUGUGGUGGCUUCAAGCACCGUGUUAGUGCUCUGACAUUUCUGCAGGGUGAUAGGAGAGGGUUGGGGGAGGAAGUGGUCCCUCGGUGCCAUCCUUUCUUCUAAAAGGCUGAUGGAGUUACCCCCAUACAAUGUCUCGAAAGCUUCUUGAACAUCACUGAGCAGGACUGUGACACCUGAGACAGAGCUUCCCAGUUCUCUGAGCACAGAGCUCAACACAAGCAAAGCUGGCUUUGUCACUCCUUAGGUUUUACAGACAAGUGCUGUGGCCAGCACAGCUCACCUCCAUCUUGAUCCUCACCAGCUCAGUGGCACUGGCAGGGUCCUAGUUCAUUUGCUGUAGGACAUCCCCUGUGCAAGCAGACCCAAUGUUUGCUGUUCCCAGACAGAAGCCAUGCAUGCAAACAAGGUCACGACCAGCCUGUUUCUGUGAGCCUAACCCUAUGGACACAAGGUGCAUUCAUUUCUUAUUCACUGCCUUGAUUUCUUCUGACCAUAUCUUGGAUUCAUUUCAGCCAUCCCUUGGGGAGGAUUAUAGGGCUUCAUCACAUACCAGGAAAGGGUUUCUCUUGCUCCAUAUCACCUCACAUAGGAAGACCCACUGUUUUGCUAAGAACCUCCCUGAGACCUUCAGAAACCUGGAGCUGUUGCCUCCCUGGAGGGUACUGCAAAAAUAGCCUUUUUGCAGUGGUCUUUAGAGCUGUUGGAGGAACAGAGCAGUUAAUCACACGCUGUUGUUAAAGGAAGGAUCAUGGUCAAAGGCAAGUGGCUAUUGAGUACAGGUACUGCACUCUCCCAGCUUGCCAGGGCAUGCCAUGAGCAGGAGAGGACCAGGCAGCUCCCAAUGGGCUCACUUGGGGAAUGGUGUGAAAGGGACUUGCUAGUGACCCCCCUCCAGGUGCUUGGUCCCGGGGGUGGUGGAGAGCCGGCGUGAGGCCAUGGGUCUGGACCGUCAUGGCAUGCAGCAUCAGGCCAACCCUCACUCCAGGACCUCUUCCCCAAAUUUUGUGCCUCUCUGCGGACAUACUUUAACCCACCCGAUCAAAUAUCUGUGUGGAUUUUGCAGAAUGGAGAGAAGCAAUAUUUCCCUGACUACUUGGUGGCUGUUGGGGGUGGUGAGGGCUCAGCCAGGGUGAGAGGCACGUUCAUGAAAACAUAAAUGCUCUAUUAAUGUCAAUGCAGGGAGAAAAAACCCCAAACAAUUCACCAAUCCUCUUUCCAUAUCAAACUAAAGUACUCCUGAAGGCAUUUUUGGCAAGAGGCCACAGCACAUGUGAGAUUGAUGGCUUCCAGGUAUAAAUAUUUACUGUUUGACCUUGUUAUUGUUCAGUCAGCCAAAUGUUUUUAUGUAUAUAUAAAUAUAUAUAUAUGCAUGUGUGUGUGUGUAUCUUUAUGCUCACAAACUCUUUAUAUCUGAAAGUCAAACCUCUUUCUCUUUGAAAGAGAAAAUGGUCACUUUAAAUUUUUUUACUUCCCUCUUGUUCUGUUUGCUAAAUCUUCUGGAAGGAGGUGCAUCCCUCUCCACUGGUCUUCAGAUGGCUUUGGGAGGCACAGGGAACAAAGGGAGCAAGGGAGAAGAGCCUCUCCAUGCUGGGGUCUUGGUGCAGGCUUUCUGCCUGGACAGAGGACACUGCUGUCAGUGCUGCUCAGCACCUUUCAGGAAAACCUUAGUCCCAGAUGUCACGACUUCUCCAACACAGCCCUUGUCCUGCCCCAGACACUAGGAUGUUCCCAGGAAGGCAGCAUGGCCUUUCAACAGCUGAAUGCCAUAAGCAGUUAGCCCUCACCCCACAGCACAAACAGGGAACGUGUAGCUGAGCGUUGCAAAGGGGUGUGAGGUUUCCACCCUUAGACUGCUUUAGGAGGGAGCACAAAACCUGAUGGGAUCCAUUCCAGCUGUCCCUAGCCAGAGGAACACUGCAGGUAGCGGAUGCACUUCAGCUUGGGCUGUUCUGUAAAGCAAAGGGAAGUGCUGGCAGUUGGCCACUGCUUUCUGCUCAUCCAGGUGGGGCAUGCUGAUAUGUGACUACAUGCUAAUUGUGGGAUGGGUCAGCAAAAGCAUAGGCCUUCACUGCUGCUGUGUCCUGGACCCACAUGUGAUCUCAGUUCAGCACAAUCAGGACCAAAGGGAGAUGCUGGGCAGCCCAUGAGCAGUGGGGCCAUGGUAAUGGAGCGGUGUGCAGCUCCUCACAGUGGUACCCAGCCUCAGCUCCCUUAAUGUCACCCCUUCGUAUCCCUCUGUCUUAGGAGAAACAUCUAGGCAGUGAUCCUGCAACUGCACUGAUAGCUCCUAUAUGCCCUCUUCUGCUGCUGGAGAAAGGUUCUCGCAGUCAGUGGCGAUUGUCGAUCUGUGCCUUGUGGUGUCCCAGCCACGAGAAUGAAGGAUGUCAUCUCCCAUAAGCAAGCAAAGCCAGUUCUCUUUCUAGGUCUAUGCCUGCCUCCCACUACAGGAAUCUGUGCUGCUUGAAACAGCAGAGAAUCUUAGGCUUGGAUUAGUCCUAACGUUUGAUCUGUCAUAAUUCAUUACAAGCAGCUGGGGUUUGCUCAUGAAGCUCUAGGACAAAAUACGAUGUUCUAACUAUUCUUUCCUAUUCCCCACUGUCCCAGUGCCCACCAGUGCAGAUAUCUUCUGUACACAGCUUUCAUGAUCCCAUCUGCCUAGAAAGGGAAGCCUGGUCCCAGGUUUGCUACGUGAGCCAGGAUGCUCCCACAGUCUUCAAAGGCUCUUGGUUCUUUUCACUGCUCCUUGAAGGUUCUGUCAACUGGGUAAGUCCAUUGGCUCAUGUUACACUGCCAGCAGCACCGUUUCCCCUGAGAAGUCUGACAAUUCCUCCUGUCUUUUUGCAGGGCAUCCAGCAAGCGUAAUGGCAAUUAUACAUUGAGCAAUUUGAUUUUUGCAACCACAAAUAAGUAGGGGCAGAGUUGGGAAACCUGUCAUUGCCACAUUGCCUUUGCUAGACUGUAUUUAGAGUUGAAGGGCUCAUCUUGGUUGUCACAAAAGAGUUUCCCAGCCCACCAAAUCUAGUCAAGUGACCACAAGUAUCCCUUCGUGAACUACAUUUUCACUGUUGACUGACCUAGGGAUAGCCACAGGCUAAUGUCCUAUCCAAAGGUGAGGACACCCGCUGCUUCUUUAGUUGCAGCCCUGGUGCUCAGGGUAGGGAACGUUGCAUUAGCAUCACGCUAGAGCAGUCCAUCAUGGGAAAGAGCACACUGCAAAAAAUCGCCAGAGAAUACGCUUAUUUUCACUGCCUCAGGUUCAGUCUGUGCCCCAGUAUGUCUUCUGCAUUUUAUUCCAUCUUGUGAGACUCUCUUUACUCCACUAUGAGAAAGAAUCUAGCCAGCAGCAGUUUAAUGCAUGACAAUCCUGUUAUUACAGCUGUAAAUAAUUAAAAAUUAGAAAAAAUGCAUUUUUUUUUAAUUUUUUGUUGACUUUAUUUUCUCUAUUGACUAACUGGUAGCCACUUUCUUAAGGGAUUUCUCAUGGAAACUGUGACCUUUCUUCUCCUUAUUUAGCUCUCUUUCUUUCUCUUUCUGAGAUUUGUGUUUCAAAUGCUUUUUGGUGCAAUGUUCAAUGCCUGUUUGUAUUUUUGAAUCGUAUUUUUCAACCUUUGCUGGAAAAGAAAUUUUGCCCAUUCUAAUUGGCAGGAUUUUGAGUCCUGCAAUUUUUUUCAGCUUUUAGCUUUUUCAGUAAGUUAAAGAAACAGAAAAAUGUCUCAAAGAAUUACAGUGAAGUUCUGAAGAGAGAUUAGAAAACAUCAGAAACAAGAACUACAUCAGUAAGAUCAGCAAGCUGAGUGGAGGAGGAGGACUCUUCUGACCACCUGCUAACCUUGUGAUCUAACACCCAAGGCGGGACUAGACCUCUUCACUGAAUUAAAUCACUCUGCUUUUCCACUCUACCCACUCUCUCGAACUCCAAUCUAAACAAAUAAAAACUCAUAUUUUAAAAAAAAA